GGUUUGGAGCCCGGCGCGCGCGCGUGUGCCCAGGCGCCGGCCCUCGGGGAGGGAGGGGACGGCCGAGGCCCCCCGACGGUCUGCCACCGCCUUUGACUAAACCGUCCUCCAUUUUUCGGGUUGAGCAUUCCAAUCUGAAAAUUGGAACUCUGAAGUACCGUAAAAUCUGAAACUUUUGAAUGUCAACUUGAUGCCACAAAUGGAAAAUUCACACUUGACCUCAAGUGUCAGGUUGAAGUCAAGAAAAAAGUAAUCAUCGUUAGUCAAGAUGUCUUCAGCACCUGAGCCUCCAGCAGUUAAAAAGGAACCACCCAAAGAGAAAGACUUUCCAAACCCAGGGCUCAGAAGUGUUCGUACAACGACCUUAUUUCGAGCUGUGAAUCCAGAGCUCUUCAUUAAACCUAACAAACCAGUAAUGGCUUUUGGAUUGGUAACCCUUUCGCUUUGUGUGGGUUAUCUUGGUUAUCUACAUGCAACACAAGACAAUAAGAAGGACCUCUCUGAAGCUAUUGAUAGUGAAGGACACAGUUAUAUGAGAAAGAAAACAUCUAAAUGGGAUUAAAGUUCUGGUUCCUGCAGAUAGAGCUUUAUUAGAAGCUCUGAAAUCUUCAAUUGUAAGGCUUCCUGAGUGAGUCCAAUAAAAUGUUAAAAUGCAGUUGCCAUCAGUCCAAUAUAGUAAUGUAUCCUGUUACAGCUAACAGCUGUUACCUCAUUCUUUGCCUACAGUUUGCCAGUUUUCUCAUCCUCUCAUAAAAGUGCCUUAAGGAUAGAAGUCACUUUUGUUAAUAUGUAAAAUAAACGUACACAGUGCUGUUAAA